AUGACCGCACUUCCUAUAGUAAUUCUGGACAAUGGGGCAUAUGAUAUCAAAGCUGGUAUAAGCGGAAUAGAUUGGGAGCCGAGGAUAUUCCCCAAUUCGAUAGUCAGGUCACGAACAGAGAAGAAGGUCUAUGUGAGCGAUGAGAUUGACAAUUGUCGUGACACGUCAGGUGUAGUUUACCGUAGACCGUUUGAACGUGGCAUGUUAGUGAAUUGGGAUGCGGAGAAGAUUGUUUGGGAUAAAUUAUUCUCACCUUCUGGCCUGAAUGUCAAUACUGCCGAGUCAAGUUUACUAGUUACCGAACCAUAUUUCAAUUUACCAAAUAUAGCGGAAACUUAUGAUCAAAUGGUAUUUGAGGAAUGGGAAUUUCAAAGUUAUUUCAGAUGUACACCUGCUGCUUUGAUACCUUAUGGUGGUCUAUUCGAAAACGAUUCUGGUAUACCGCCGGAAUGUAUGAUUAUCGUCGAUGUCGGUUACUCCUAUACUCAUGUGAUACCGUUGAGAGAUGGUCAAAUAAUAUGGGAACAUGUCAAACGAAUUGAUGUGGGAGGUAAAUUGUUGACGAAUCAUCUGAAACAUCUCAUAUCGUUCAGACAAUGGAAUAUGAUUGAUCAGACUCAUAUAGUCAACGAUGUAAGAGAAGCCUGUGGAUAUGUUAGUAUGGACUGGAAGAGGGAUUUGGAAGUAUGCAAACAAAACCCAAAGAAAAAUCCUAUAGUACAAGAAUACGUCUUACCUGAUUUCUCAGCUCGUUCAAUUGCGCGUACAGGAUAUAUACGCUCAGGACCAAAUGCCACCCCUCUGGAGGAUGACGUUGUGGAAGAAAAGGUAAAUGGACAUGGACAUGGGAAGAAAAAACAUCAAGACGACGAAGAAGAAGAACAGGUUUUAUGGAUGGGUAACGAAAGAUUUGCUGGGCCAGAACUACUUUUUAAUCCUUCCGAUAUCGGAUUGAACCAAUCUGGAUUACCCGAAACGAUAUUACAUGUGAUAUCUAUGAUGCCCGAAGAAUUGAGGGGCAUGUAUUGGGCUCAUAUUGGUAUUUUUGGUGGAUUGGGGAAUAUAGAAGCUUUAGGAGAAAGACUAGAGCGGGAUCUACAAGCUCUGUGCCCUGUGGAUUAUGAAAUUGGUAUAUAUGAGGCAUUCGAUCCCGCAUCACCACCAUAUGUCGCAGCGACAUCUUUGACCACAUCAGAGAUAUAUCUAUCUACGUAUCCAGUGACAAGAGCGGAAUAUCAAGAACACGGUUCGUCUAUCUGUCGUCGCAGAUUCGGUGGUCCAGCGUAUAGUGUAAACCCACCUGGAUUUACGAGUGGUGAAAUGGGAGGAGAGAUCGACGAAGAUGAAAGAGAACGAAGGUAUGCUAUGGGAUUAGAGAGUAAGAAAGGCAAAGGGAAGAAAAGGAAAGAAGAAGAAGAGGUCAUCAGUGGUAAUUGGGGUGGAAGGCGUAGGAGACAAGGUGGUUUGUUGUAA